AAGUUUGUUGAAAAUAGUAAUUAUAAAAGGGCUUUUUGAUAGAAAAAUGAGAUAGAGCUCUGCUUCACCCAACACCAAAAAUGAGAUCAGUUGAAAUGAAUCAGUCGGCUUCAAGCGUUAAUGCAAUUGGAGGGCAAGUAGAGAUAUUGGAGAUCUGAAAUUGAAGGUCCUCUAUUUGGGCUUCGGUUUAGAUGGUGGUCCGACCCCAUGGCCAUCAUUUCAAAUAGAUCUGUCUAAUCAUUGUUUGAGUUGAUUUAUUUUUAAAAAUUGGGCUAAAUGAAUAUGGAGCUUGGUGAGGUCACCGCCGGCCUUGUGGUCUUCCGACAACCCCAUGGAAUUUACGGAUCUGCCCUUCCUAACCCCCCUCCUCCUCUUUCGCAGAGGCGUUACCUUAAUUUUCUAGUCAGCGUGGAUAAUGUGAUUCUGUUGGUGUCGUCUGUAGUAUCAACAAUUUCAUACUAUAGCGCCGCCAACCCACCGGGCGGCGUGUGGCAGAAUGACACACCACUUCACAGUGCUGGGCAUGCCGUGAUUGGAUAUACUCAUCCAAGUGCUUACAUAUUUUUGAUGUUUUCUAACACCUUAGCAUUGAGUCUAGCUCUCCUCGCAAUCUUCCUCGUCACUGCUCAAUGGACAUCGAAAAAACUACUUCUAUCACGAGCCGCCUGGUAUUCGAUGUGGGUGUCCCUGAUAACUGUCCCUGCAAAUUUUGCAGCAUCCACACUGGCAAUCGCUCCCAGUGGAAAAUCAAAAGCCUUUAACGACGCCGUUUUGUGGUGCACGUUCCUCCCUAUAUGCUCGGCACUCCUUUUCGUGAUUGUGAUCAAUAUAUUUUAUUACGAGGGACAGCUGAAAGAGAAGCUGAGUGUACUGUGGGAGAAUAUUGCUAAGAGAGCUGUGGCAGUAGGUGAGGGUGUUGGGAGAGAAUCCGGCGCUGAGAGAGAAGCUACUGUUGGAACAGAAGCCGAGUAUGGUUUGAUCGGAUUAUCUGCGGGGGUGGGAUCCCCUGCUGUGCAAAAUGCCAUAGCAGGGGAUGCUGUGCAGAUCAAAACCAUCCAUCGCUGAAAUAAAAAAUAAUAAUACAAGUAUGUAAAUUUAAUACACGGUGUGAAUAUGCACUGCAUCCCCUGAAGAUGAAUAAUGCACAGGAGGGGAUGUUAUUGUGAAGAUGAAUAAUGCACAGGAGGGGAUGUUAUUGUUUUAAGUUAUUCAGUCCAAUCAUUGUUAGUGUAAGUUGUACAGUUGAAGAUGGAUCAUCCGCGUUGGGAGGCUCAUAUCAAGUAGGAACAACUUGUCCAAUAUAGAGGAGCAAGGGCAAGACAAUUCCCUCCGGAUUUUAUUAGCUCUUCAUAACUCGUUUUACACUAAUUAUUCGUGUACUUCUGUUUAAUUUAUUGGCUAUACUUUGAUUGAUGUGUAUCACUAAUACAGUACUAUUUUGAUGUUA